UUUGAUGUCUAAACGUAAACACAACAAAAAACAAAGCAGAGAACGCACUGGGCGGAUUUACGAUUUCGCGCGAAAGGAUAGGACGAAUUUAGACGAAUUCUCAAGGAUGCAAAGAAGGGCGAAGAAGAAAGGCAAAUCGCAGCAACCUUCCUCAUCCAUCGCCGAGCACGCGGAAUCGCCAACGGAUCAGGAUGUGGAGGAGGGCAAGGACUUCGGCACCCUCAUAAACGCGCCGCUCUCGAAAGGUGGACAUUUCGUCUUCAAGUCAGAAAAAGCCUGGACCGUCGACUCGUCGCAAUAUUCAGAAUUCUUCACUUUGAACCUGAAAGCGCUAUCGGCCGCGAUCGACUGCGUUCCGUUCAACGAGUACGUUGAUGUGGCUGACAAGUACUUUGUAAGCGAUCAAUUGACGAAUAUCUUCAAUGACGCUGAGAGAGGCAAGACGGCUUAUAACAUGAUUUUAAAUACUCUAAAUGCAUCGAGUUUAUCAGACACCAAAGUUGAGACCAAAGAGAACACGAGGACCGAUCAAUUGAAAACUGUGGAUUUGGCGACGAAUGUAAAACCUGAAGACAGUAUCGAUGACUUAGAGGAAGAUCUAGAUUUUUUGUUAUCCCUAAAGGAACCUGUCCAAAGCACUGUAAUAGGAAUCCCACAGCCUGUAAUAGGAAUCUCAUUAUCUAUGUCUCAUAACACUGAUUCCAAAACAAAAUCGAAGAGUGUUCCAAAUAAGCCUAUUGAUUUAGAAAAAUGGUUAGAUACUGUUUUAGGGGAUUAAUUCUUUUUUUUUUGUACACUGUUACAAUACGUUAGUAUAUAUAAACAAAAAUUUAAGACUGAAA